UUUUAUCCUAUACGGAUAUUCGUGGCACUUCGUCUUGCCCUUCGAGGUCAACACGGCAGUACUCUACGCCACCUCCACGCCCAGAGAUUCGGGACACCACUGCCACAAACCAACCAUUACCAAACACAUACUUUUUUGUGUGGGAAGGCUUCAACGUGGACCGACUUCCUUUCUUUUCCGAACUCACGAGGUCCGAGACGAGGGUCCCUUGCAUCUAAGCUGCACGUAGCCGCAAAUAAACAUCAUUGUGUAACGCGAUAGCCUGUCACCGCCUGGGCCUUAACUAAGAGUUAUAACGAUGAUUAUAUGAGAAACGAGCCAUCCAACAGCCCUUAUCCGAGCCGGAGAUAAAAGAACUCGAAGAUAUUUAUUUAUCUCAGGAGAAUCCCACAACUUUGUUCACCCAUCGGCCAAACCCACACAACCAUUCAACUCGCCCACCCAAAGAUGGCGCAGGAUAUCACGAAAACAUGGCCGGUCCACGAGAUCAUCUACACUGCCAUCGUAGGCGUCGUCAUGCUGGCAGCCCUUCUUGAAUGGUUCUUAUGGCUGUCUGCAUUCUUGUACUGCCUGGUCAAAGUCUUCCAGAAAGCAGAACACUGGACAAUCAGGGUGUUAGCAGUUAUCAUUGCUAUCCUUUUCACUGGGUUUCGAUUUAUCUUCUUACCUAUCAUGGUGGUUACCCUGCCUCUUCCUGGCGAAAUCACGCAAUAUUGGCCAGCUAACAUGGUCGAUGUUCUUCAAUGGUUUGCCUUUUGGAGCUUUGCGGGACUUUUGACUAUCCCGUGGCUUUUUUGCGUUUAUCAGCUUGUCACCCAUCAACUCGGUAGGACAAAACGUGUUAAGGAGGUAUUGGAUGAAGUUUCUGCGCCGAAAGUCGUUAUCGUCAUGCCCUGUUACAAGGAGGACCCGGAUGUCCUCGUCACCGCUAUCAACUCGGUCGUGGACUGCGAUUACCCACCUUCAUGCAUUCACGUAUUUCUCUCAUUCGACGGAGACCAAGAAGAUGAACUCUACCUCAACACGAUUGAGAAACUUGGUGUCCCUCUGACGUUGGAAUCGUAUCCUAAGAGUAUCGAUGUCACAUACCGAUCAGCUCGCAUUACGGUCUCUCGGUUUCCUCACGGAGGGAAACGCCAUUGCCAAAAAGCGACCUUCAAACUCAUCGACAAAGUCUAUAAGGAGUACCUCAAGCGGAACGACAAUCUCUUUAUCCUCUUCAUCGACUCCGAUUGCAUCUUGGAUAGAGUCUGUUUGCAAAAUUUCGUCUAUGAUAUGGAGCUAAGCCCCGGUAACAGCAGAGACAUGUUGGCCAUGACGGGCGUCAUCACUUCAACAACCAGGAAGCACAGUAUCAUUACUCUACUCCAAGAUAUGGAGUAUAUUCACGGUCAAUUAUUCGAGAGAACGGUGGAGUCCGGAUGUGGUGCCGUCACUUGUUUGCCGGGCGCUCUGACUAUGCUUCGGUUCUCCGCAUUCCGAAGGAUGGCCAAAUAUUACUUUGCCGAUAAGGCUGAGCAGUGCGAAGACCUAUUUGAUUUCGCCAAGAGCCAUUUAGGCGAAGAUCGAUGGCUUACGCAUCUUUUCAUGAUUGGCGCGAAGAAGCGCUACCAGAUCCAGAUGUGUACUUCGGCAUUUUGCAAGACGGAAGCGGUGCAGACUGUCCAGUCGCUGAUUAAGCAACGGCGAAGAUGGUUUCUUGGGUUUAUCACAAACGAAGUCUGCAUGUUAACUGACUGGCGACUUUGGAAACGGUACCCUAUCUUACUCGUGGUGCGGUUUAUGCAAAAUACGAUACGAACGACAGCUUUGCUUUUCUUCAUCAUGAUGCUCUCGAUAAUGACGACAACCAUGAGGGUCGAUCAGCUACCCGUCGGAUUCAUCGCCAUCUCGCUUGGCCUGAAUUGGCUGAUGAUGAUAUACUUUGGUUUCAAGUUAAAGCGGUACAAGGUCUGGCUCUACCCGAUGAUGUUCAUCCUUAACCCUUUCUUCAACUGGUACUACAUGGUAUACGGAAUCUUCACUGCUGGCCAACGAACCUGGGGUGGACCGCGUGCCGAUGCUGCUACAGCGGAUGCGCAUACGACCCCUCAACAGGCUGUCGAGCAAGCCGAAAAGGCGGGAGACGAUCUCAAUGUUGUGCCGGAGACCUUCAUCCCAGCUGCCGAAGUACUCAGACAGAAGAGCAAAGGGAAGGAGACUAGCGGGGUUCAGAGGACGAAGAGCAAGGUCCUACCUCCGGAGAAGAUCGAGGGCAAAUUUGCCGCCCCAGAGAAAAAAGCAAAUGGAUUUUACGCGUAUCCAGGAGAGUCGACUUACAGCUUCUAUACGCCUGAUGCCGAUUCCUCCCUAUUCGGCGGCCCUAGUUCGCAUCAUGCUCUCCACAGUCGCGAUUCGGUAGAGAGUUUCCUGACUACUGGAAAUAAUUCGGUAUAUUUUCCCCGACGAGUAGAGAGCAUCAUGGGAGAUGAAGAUCGGAAGAAAUAUGAGAUGGCGCAAGCCAACCAGUAUAACCAAUUUGUUGAGAAGUCUAAGAAGUAUGCAAUCCCUCCACGAGGCCAAGUAUACGAAUUCACAGACAUGGAACUCGCGAAAGGAGGUUGGGAAGGAAGUGAAGGACGACCCGAACGUAACUACAGAGACGACGCUAACGAAAGCGGUCCCGACUCGCUAUCUUCUCGCGCGCCCUCUCCUGGGCCUCGAUCAUCUUUACUGGGCCACCAGGACACCUCACAGGCUCAAAGGCAGAGCCUGGGUGUACCGAGGGGGCAUCAUCACCAGCGGAAUAGAACAGGGAGGAGUCCACUCGGCCGGAAUAGCCCGAUUCACGCAUCCUCACCCGAAAUCGAUGAGGUGGAGAUAGACAGGUCUAACUCGGGUCGGAAUAGGUCGCAUAGACCGAAUACACCCAAAUGAAGGAAACUGAUUGGAUGACGAAUCAUUACAUUUAGAAGCCCGACUCUGUGGGCGUAUUGCAUAAUAGGUGGUAACUUUGGAAGUUGCAUUAUAGAGGGCGUCUAUUGGGCAAGGGAAAGCAAUGCAUUUAUGACGCUGUACAGGACAGCAGUUUACAUACACGUUGGCUUUUUUGGGGACAUAUUCCUUAAUUACAUACCGCACAGUUUAUCGUUUAUAGAACGUUGCUGUAUCAUGGGUGGUCUACUCUUGGGAGACAAGAUUAUACUCACAUACGAAUCUAAGUUAUUUCCCAAGUCUCAUAGGUACUGAAUAUCUCACUUCUGCC